GACUUGACGCUCUGGGCUGUUUUGGCAGGCUUUGCGCUGCAGGCGAAGGAUCUGGACACUGCGGAAAUCGCUUAUGCCGAAAUUGAAGCUGUAAGUGCCUAA